GUGUCCCUCUGUUGUCCAAGGCUGGAGUGUAGUAGCGCUAUCGCAGCUGACUGCAGCCUCAACCUUCCAGGCUGAAGCGAUCCUCCCACCUCAACCUCCCACGUGGCUGAGACUACAGGUGCUUGCCACUAUGCCCAACUAAUAUUUGGAAUUUUCGUAUACAUGGAUUCCAGAGGGGUGACAGCGAAACGUGGGAACAUCCAGUUGCAGGAAAACAAGCUUAACACGCCCACUGAUUCUACAUUAUGCUCCUACCUCCUGGCAGCCUCUCCAGGCCCAGCACUUUCUCCAGUCAGCCUCUACAGACCAAGCUCAUGACUCACCAUGGCCUAUUUAGGCCCAUACCCUACCUCACGGCAGUCUCCGCAGAUGAGGCUACUGCCUCACAACAGCCUCCACAGGCACAGCUCCAUCGUUACAAUGGCCUCUUUAGACCCAGCUCCUGCCUCCCAGCCUUCUCUCCAGGCCCUGAACUUUCUCAAGUCGACCUCACCAGGCCCAGCUCAUGCUUCUUUGCAGCCUCUCCAGGCCCAGCUCCUGCAUCUUGGUGGCCCCUCCAGGCCCAGCCUCUGCCUCCCGUCGGCCUCUACAUUCCCAACAUCUGCCUCACAGCAGAUUCUUCAUGCCCAGCAUCUACCUCACUGUGGACCCCCCAAGCCAAGCUCCCAACCUUUCAGCAGCUUCUACACACCCAGCUCCUGCCACCCAGUGGCCUCUUUAGGCCAAGCUCAUGCUUCACAAGGGCCUUUCCAGGCCCAACUUUUGUCUCAUGGCAACCUUCCCUGGCCAGAUUCCUGCCUGUCUCCCAGCAGCCUAGACAGGCCCAGGUCUUGCCUCACACUGGCCUCUCUACAUCCAGCUUAUGCCUCAUGGUGGCCUCUCCAGGCCCAACUCCUGUCCCAGGACGUCAUCUCCGGGCCCAAAACUUACUCAAGUCAGACUCUCUAGUCCCAACUGCUGCCUCCUGGUGGCCUAUGAAGGCCCCAAAUCUCCUCAAGUUGACCUCUCCAGGCCCAGCUCCUGCCUCCUGUUAGUGUCUACAGGCCCAACCUCUGCCUCAUGGGGGCUUCUCCAGGCCCACCUCUUCCUCUUGGCUGGGUCUACAGGCACAACUGCUGCCUCACAACAGCCUUUUUUGGCCCAGUUCCUGUCCCGCUCAUGGUGGCCAAUGUAGGCCCAAAACUUCCUCAAGUGAAACUCUCCAGGCCCACCUUCUGCUUCCCGGUGGCAUCAACAGGCCCAGCUUUGACUUGAGAACAGCCUCUGCAGGCCCUGCUCUUGCCUCCCAGGGGCUUUUUCCAGGCCCAGCUCUUGCCUCGUGGCAGGUGCCCCAGGCCAAAUUUCUGCCUGCCUGCCAGCAGCCUCAACAGGCACAGCUCCUCCCUCACAGUGGCCCAUUUAGGCCCAACUCAUGACUGUCGGGCCAUUUCCAGGCCUAGUGCCUGCCUCGUGGCUGACUCUUGAAG